UGAAGGAUGCGCGCUCUCCUCACGCCUGGGGUGCUCCUGCUCAUCGCCUCUGCUCUCCUCAUCCAGACAUCGGCGGGGCAGGAUGUGGACGGCGGCUGGACGGAGUGGUCGCUAGGCGGUUCCAGCUGCAACGCCAGCUGUGGCGGCGGCACCUUCCGUCGACUGCGCACCUGCAACCUGCCGGCGCCCCAGGGCGGCGGCCAGCUGUGCUUGACGGAGGGCGGCACUAGGGCCCUGACCGAGACCGAGCAUGCCCCCUGCAACACCCAUGCGUGCGCCACCUCCUUCAGUGAGUGGGGGCAACUGCACGGCCUAUUGUGA